UGGCUGGGGAUGUGAGACGCACACAAUGCAAGCUGUGCGGGUGAAGCACUCUCAUCUGGCUGCUGCUGUACUCGUCGAUGUUCGGCAAAUUGAAUGCAGCACUGCCGCGGAUGCGAGGAUCGUUGUGAAUAGGAUGUGAGAAGGAUGUGCGAGACGGACAUGAAGGAGCGAGUUCCUCUGACGACGUCGGUUGGGGUCUGCGCGGCCCUGCAGGAGCCGCUCUGCUCAUGCCGGUGGUCCUGUGGGAGCUUGUGGAACUUGACACUUGUGCGUAAGAUGCGCCUGUCUCGGCGCGUGCUCUUCACGGCCACGCUGGCCGGGCUGCUGCUCUACUUCAGUCCGAACCUGCACACGCUGUGGGGUGGCCGCAGACAGCUCGGGCGGCCCGUAGACGUGGGCUUGGCAAGCGAACACGACGUGACGAGCAACAGCGCCCACAUGUCUAGCAUCGCGGCUGCCCUGCCUCAACUGACUGAGCUGCACAUUCCCUACCGGAUAAAGUCGGAAAUGCUGACGUUACUGCCCAGCAACACGUGCACAUGCGAGAGCUCCGCACCGCUGCUGCCCGUGCCGGGUCUCGACCGCCUCCUGCCCCACAAGCAGGUCCAGCAGCUGGAGGCAGCAUUCGAGGUGCCACUGCUGAAGGACACAAGCCGGCGCCGGCAGCGGGAGUACUUGACCUUCGCGCUCAGGCACUCACUCCCCGUGAAAAAGAUGCUGGUGGCAGAGCCCAACUCGCCACUCUCCUACCCGACCCAGGGGCUGCAGGUGGCACCACUGCAGACCAUCCUCAUACCAGGAUUAGGACUACAUAAUGGUGACAAAGAAAUGAAAAAGGUGACGCUGUCCGCGAAACUGGGGGUGCUGGACACAGUGGCGGAGGUGGGAGAGGUGAUGGCAGAAGGGCUGGGCGAGUCACGCCUCUCCUUGAGCAGCUCCCACCUGGAGAACCUCAACCUACAGCUGCGUACGGUCACGUACACCAACACGGUGUACCAGCCGGGCACCUCCGAAAUGGUGCAGCUGGAGAGCGGGAAACACAGAGCUGAGAUACCGAUCGUUGUAGCGCACCAGAGCUUGCCCUGGCUCUACGACCCUGGUCCUGAUGGAAAUAUCAGCAACCUCGUGACGGUGGUAACCAAGACGUUCUUGCGCUACGACAAGCUGAAGGGGCUCAUUGCCAGCAUCCGGAGAUUCUACCCGGACAUCACCAUCAUCGUGGCGGAUGACUCUGAGCACGUCGAGAUGCUCCGCGAGCCGGGUGUGGAGCAGUACAUCAUGCCUUAUGGGAAGGGCUGGUUUGCCGGCAGGAACCUUGCCAUCUCCCAGGUGAGCACCAAGUACCUGUUGUGGGUGGAUGAUGACUUCCUCUUCUCGGAGAACACGAAGCUGGAGCGCAUGGUGGAGGUGCUGGAGAAGACUUCACUGGACGUGGUUGGAGGAGCAGUACGGGAGGUGACCGGCUUCCAGACCACGUUCCAGCACAAGCUGGAGGUGCAAGCAGGAGGACCCGACGGGUACUGUCUGCACCAGCACCGUGGUUACUACCACCCGCUGGCCGGCUUACCCAACUGCGUGCUCACGGACGGAGUGGUGAACUUCUUCAUGGCGCACACGAGAAACGUGCGCCGGGUUGGAUUCGACCCUCAACUCAACCGCGUGGCUCACACAGAGUUUUUCAUCGAUGGGCUGGGUGAGCUUCGCGUGGGCUCAUGCAGCGACAUUUCGGUGAAUCACGCUUCCAAAAUCAAGCUGCCUUGGACUCAGGGGGACAGCGACCGCAAGUACAACGAGUUCCGCUACGCUAGCGGCGCAGACGGAGCCCUCAAGCGAAUGCUCCGCUCCCUUUACUUCAAGAACCGCCUGAAGUGCUACAGCAAGGAUUAAUGUCUAUUUUUAAGGCAUCCGUCCAGGAACCUGGAGGAGCCUGGAUGGAUGCAGCAAUGAGAUAUUAAAAUGUUACCAAUCGGUCCCUAAACCGACUGAACAACAAGUUUGGGGCAUGUUUUUUACACGUAAGCUGUCUGCCUAAAAAAACUGAUAUCGUUGCUCUUAUAUACACUCAGCAGUCAUAACUAAACACUCCAAUGGAAUAAGAGGAUUAUUUUUUGUUCACGAAACAGAUGUGUGUUAAGCACAAUGAGGACUUUGUUGAGGUUUUUGUGAGGGAAAGAUAUAGUGGAAAGAAUCGCCAUACAACCACCUAGUUUACUGGGCAAUGGGGACAAUAUAUUGGAUUAUUUUGAUUAAAAUAACAAUUUCGGAUAAAAAAAAUGUGAAUGUUAAUGAUGUGUUUAAAUCUUUUACACCAUUGGAAUCUCCUUUGCCAGUAGCAAAAUAUGAUAAUUGUUUUUUUACCCUUUUAUCUGGCAACAAAACUGACACCUUUUUUUUACAAGGAGUCGUGUUUGCAUUGACCACAAUGCCUGCGGUCGGAAUGCAAACAAAAAACACAACUCUGAUAAUGUAUGCACUGUCCAGUUUUCAAGGACAGUGCAUACAUUGCAAACAAAAAACACAACUCUGAUAAUGUAUGCACUGUCCAAUUUUCAAGAACAGUGCAUACAUUAUCAGAGUUGUGUUUUUUGUUUGCAUUCCGACCGCAGGUAUUGUGGUCAAUGCAAACAUGACUCCUUGUAAAAAAAUGUGUCAGUUUUGUUGCCAGAUAAAAGGGUAAAAAAACAAUUAUCGUGUUUAAAUCUCUUUGUUUGAAGUGUGCAUGUGAAAAAACACUUUUAGUGUGGCGUGUGUGAGGGGCAACUUUGCCCUGCUGCUUAUGAUGGAAUUUUCACUGUUUAUGUUGGGGACUCUUUUUCAUAAUGAAUAAGUUAAUAGCACAUAAAUAAAACCACUACUGUUUUGUAAAGCAUGGUGAAUAUUUUUUUCUAACAGCUCAACAUUUUUUU